AGUGCUGCACCAGCACCACUAGCGACCCACUCGCGCGCACCAGCAAGCCCAGCAGCAUGGCGUCGCUCGCGAGCAAGCUGCGGCGAGUCCGCGUCCUGUACCUGGUCGUCGCCCUCGUCGUCCUCACGUUCGUGCCGUGGCACCGCGUCCAGGACUCGGUCCUCCAGCACCGCGUCGUGCCCCGGUUCAAUCCCGAUCCCGCCCAGCACCAGCUCGCCGUGCUCGGUGCGAGCUCGACCGCGGGAGGCGACUUGGCUACCGCGAGCCACGAUCCUUUGUGCGAGCGGUACCCAGAGCAGUGCGGGUACGCCGCGCUCCUGUGCGACGAUGAACUGCUCCCAGCCCUCGAGGUCCUCAUCUACUCGCUGCGACAGACCGGCACCCCUCACCCGAUCGUCGUCCUCGCCCUCCCGCAUGUCUCCGAGGCCGCACGGCAGGACCUGCGCCUCCUCGCCGACGACGUGAUUGCGGUCGACCAGCUCGCGUACCCCUACGAGGGCAAGGUCAAGCUCGAGCUCGGCAUCAACAAGCAGUGCCGGUACAGCAAGCUCCACCUGUGGGCCCAGACCCAGUUCAAGUCGAUGAUCUACCUCGACGUCGACACCGCCGUGGUCAAGAACAUCGACCACCUCUUCUCGACCAAGACGGUCUUUGCCGGCGUCAAGGACAUCGGCGACGUCUACAACACAGGCGUCCUCGUCUUCAAGCCGUCCAAGGCGACGUUCAACGACAUGAUGGACACGUACCUCACGGCACCGUCGUACAACCGCGGCGACCAGGGCUUCCUCAACUGGUACUUCUCGAACCGCACGACGACGGGCCUCGGCGUCAUCGGGCCGGCGUACAACGUGCCCGCCAAGCUCAAGGGCUUCGCCAUCGGCAAGAAGCUCAUCGACAACGCGUUCGUGUACCACUUUACCGCCGAGACCAAGCCCUGGUCCUUCCACCACUUCUACCACCGCGACUGGAAGACCAACUACCACCCGCGCAUGUUUGCCAAGUGGCGCACGCUCGAGUACGAGAUGGCCCAGUCGCAGCCCGACUUGCGCGACCAGUACGCCGUCCCUCGGCACGACGUCCCGAUCAAGGCUGAGCUCGCCGCGUACGACUGGCCCAACACGCACCGCGCGUACGACCUGUGCUCCAAGUACAACCCCAAGUACGAGACCGAGGGCAAGUUCCCCGUCCAGGAGCAGUACUCGGUCGCCAUCUCGUUCUACAACCCCGAGCGCCUCGGGUACCUCACCAAGCUCAUCGGGCACUACCUCCUGUCGGACCUCGUCCACACCGUCUUCAUCACAUGGCACUCGCCCAACGUGCCCGUCCCGACCGACAUCAAGCAGCUCGUCGCCGGCGGCAGGGUCGCCAUCCUCAAGAUGAACUCGGACACGCUCAACAACCGGUUCAACCCGAUCCGCGGCCUCAAGACGCAGGCCGUCUUUAUCUGCGACGACGACAUCUUUGCGCCGGCGGCCGGCAUCGACUUCCUGUUCCGCGUGUGGCAGGCGCGCCCCGACUCGAUCGCGGGCUUCUUCCCGCGCAUCCACGGCCGCAAGGAGGACGGCACCAUCUUCUACGAGAUGGCCGGCGUGCACCACAAGUACGACAUCAUCCUCACAAAGGGAAUGAUGAUCAACGCCAACUUCCUGCACGCCUACACCUGCGUCCUCCCGCCCGAGAUCCACCGCUACGUCGACUACGGCAAGAACUGCGAGGACAUCGCGAUGAACAUGAUGGUGUCGGGCAUGACGGGCGCCGCGCCCGUGUGCGUCCACGACGAGGAGGUGCUCGACUUUGGCACGUCCAAGGGCAUCUCGAUCUCGGCCGCGUUCACGAUGCGCCGCGACACGUGCACGGGCGACCUCAUCGACCUCUUUGGCCGCGACACGCUCGUGUCGUCGACCGAGCACGUGCGCAAGUUUGUCUCGAACAAGUUCCGCAAGGUGCCGUGGGAGGACCUCGACGACAUUCUCGAUGGGGAGCGGCAGAAGGUGCUCGGUCAGAAGGCGUAGAUUUCUCUCCCUCCCUCCCUCUCCCGCUCUCUCUUUUCUCUCUCUCAUUCGACUUGGCGAUAGGUAUGUAGACAGCCGACGUCGUCAUAGUGUAGUCCCCUCUCGCAUUCACCCUCGCAUUCUGUAAUCGUCACCCACCAUCGUCUGCU